AUGGUUUUGAAAAAACCAUCGCUAAGCAAAUUGUAUUGGGGCGAAACGAGCGAAUAUUUGACGAGUGGAGAAGGAGAAGAUGCACUCACAACGGAUGGAGAUGGCAUCAUCACGUUUCCUCGGCUAAGAAAGUUAAAGCUUUAUAGGCCCUGGUGGCCAAGUAUUCCAGAGCAGCUGAAGAACUUUGGAUGCACAAUUCUGUAUGAAGUAGAUGCACAUACAAUGAGCUGCCAUCCUCUUCUCCAUGAGCAGUUGUUUGACAGGAUAGUCUUCAACUUUCCUCAUGCGGGUUUCCAUUACCGUGAAUAUGACAGCUUCCAAAUUGAGUUUCACCGAAAUUUGGUGAAAGGCUUCCUGAGGAGUGCACGUGAUGAUAUGCUGGGGAAGAAUAGAGAAGCUCACGUGACCCACAAGACUGCUCAUCCAUUUGAUAGGUGGGAGAUUGAGAAACUAGCUGAGGAUGUUGGUUGGUACUUGAUUGAAAUGUCCCCGUUCUCUUCAUGGGACUACCUAGGAUGCUGUAACAAGAGAGGGGAUGGGAUCAGGGUGGAUGAUAGUUUUCCUGUUGGAGCUUGCAGCACUUGA